CACUAUGCCUGAAUUAUUUAAUGUGAUUGGACGAGCUCUGGCGGGUCGGCAGCCACCAGACUGCAGCUUCGGUGUUUGGGGGCAGUUAAUUGUAACUCGUUUAACUGACUGCCACCUGACCCGUGGCUCCUCCUGGCCCUCGGGGGCCGAGGCGCUGUCCGUGUCUGAUAAUGUUCUCUCUCUGCAGGUCCCGUCUCUCCCCUCUCUCUGGUGUAGGCCGAUGGCCCGUCGCUCUCAGAGCUCCUCGCAGGGGGAUAACCCCUCGGACCCCAACUACCUGCCCCCCCAUUACAAGGAGUAUUACCGCAUCGCCAUCGACGUGCUCACCGAGGAUGGCCCCGAGGGCUACGAGAGGUUCCUCGCCGACGAGGGCGCCCCCGACUUCUUGUGUCCCUCGGAGAUGGAUCUUAUCAGCCGCCACCUGCAGAGACCCCCGGAGCCCACCCAGGAGAGCGCGUACACGGACCAUGUUUACGGCACGCAGGAGGAAUCCGACGGCUCCUCCGGGACUUACUGGCCGAUGCACUCGGACACUGCGGCCCCUGAACUGGACCUGGGCUGGCCCCACGUCUACGGCUUUCAGGGGACCGAGGUGACCACUUUAAUCCACCCGCCCCCCACCGAUAACCCCACCAUAAAGGAGGAGGUGCGCAGGAUGAUCCGCUCGGCACAGCAGGUCAUUGCUAUCGUCAUGGACAUCUUCACGGACGUGGACAUUCUGGGCGACCUGCUGGACGCCGCCGCCCGCCGGGUUCCCGUUUACAUCAUUCUGGAUGAAAUGAACUCUCAGCACUUUCUAGACAUGGCGUCCAAAUGCAGGGUUAACCUGAACUACGUGGAGUUCCUGAGGGUCCGGACAGCCUCGGGCCCCACCUAUUACUGCCGGACCGGCACCACGUUUAAAGGGAACCUGCUGGAGAAGUUCCUGCUGGUGGACUGCACGGUGGUGCUGAGCGGCACUUACAGCUUCAUGUGGUCUUUCGAGAAGAUCCACCGCAGCAUAGCCCACAUCUUCCAGGGGGAGCUGGUCUCCAGCUUUGAUGAAGAGUUUCGGAUCCUGUUUGCCCAGUCGGACCCUCUCAUCCCCCCGGAGAACGCCUUGGUCAGGAUGGAGAAGCCAUACAUGGGGAUGGUCCCAUUUGCCGGCCAACGACCCAUGUUUGACCGGAAGCUCCAUUUCAUGUACCCCAGAGAUGACAGCUCCCAGAACUCGUUCCCGAACCUCGGCGUGGACCCCGAUCGCCAUUUUUUGCAAUCGUUUCGAAGGGAGGACAUGAUGAGGCAAACCAUGGAGAAUUCCGGAAUGCGAAUGUUUGGGAACAGCCAGCUGCAGAUGGAGAAGAUGCAGAUGGAGAAGAUGCAGAUGUCGUUCAUGCACAACAAGCACAUGGACAUCGAUGCCUUCAAGAGACACAGCUUUGCAGAAGGCACUUAUGAGAAUUAUUCUGCUUCCAAGCAGUACAGCAGACAGAUGUUCAUGAACAACAACGACGAGCUGCGAUUCCAGUCCAGCCAGUUCCAGAAGAGCCAGUUCCUGCAGAUGGAGCGCUCGUUCACUCCCGGCCGGACUCAGGGGCUGUUCGAAAAAAUUCGCGGGAACAGACAGGGUUUGCUUGACGUGGAUGAAAGCGACGCUAGAUAUCCUCACAAGGCUUUGCCGGGAGAAGGGAAUUUUGCGCUUGAAGGUCCUCACAUGAGGCUCGGCUAUAACCCUUCCAGCUCCUCGAGGGAGGUGAGGCACGGCUCCGAGCAGGCGAUGCUGGGGGAGGAAGGGAAGUUCGGCCAGCGGUCCCAGGCUCGCCAGAAAUAUAUGUGCCAGAUGUCUCCCACGCAAAAGCAGAACGCCGAGCAGAGGCAGUUCUUCCAGGACCAAGAUGCAGACAAAAAGCCCCCGGAAAACAAGCAGGGCAUGCGCAGCUGGAGGAUAUCCUCCUAUCUGAGCGGCAUCCAGCCCGACCAAGACGAGGAGGGCCUUCCUAUCCCGAUGGAGUCAGACGCGUACGAUGACGCGCUUGUACCUGCUGAAAAGUCUCUGCCCGCACCAAACGAGACUUUGCUGAAGUAUUCCGUCGACUCCAUUCCGCCGUACAGGCCUUUAACGCCAUUAAAUAACGCGUUCUCAGCGGCGGAGAAAGCCAAAGAGGGACCCGUAGCAGAAAAGGAAGAUGGCCUCCUUUCCAGACAUGAUUCCUUCCGUACCAGGACCAACCCGUUGAUCCAGAGGAGUUCUCGCCUGCGGUCGUCUCUUAUCUUUAGCAGCUCCAAGGUAGAACAGCACGGCUCUACGGUGGAGUCCAUAAACGCUGUUCAGAAAGAGCAGAGCAUAAGUGAGGUGCUUCAAGAGAACGAAACGGGCAAGACAACCUCCAAGGUGGCCGAGAUCCUGGAGAAGUACAGGAGCGUGAACAAAGACGACGACGGCGGCGGCAGCACGACGGUCACCCAAGCCAAAGCGGCCUCCAGAGUCAUCCAAGAGGAAUCGGGGGACGGGCAAAAGAAGAGCACGGAGACGGUGGCUUACAAGGCGCUGGAGUCCAAGCUUCUGGAGAAAGAUUCCUUCACCAGUACGCUUUUCGAGUCUCAGUACCGUUCCUCGGUAACGUCUCACUUCCAAGACCUGUUCAGCAGUGAUAAGCACACCGGCUCGGUCACCAAGAUGGAGCAGAUGGCUUCCAGCGUCCAAACUAUAGAAAGCAGCAAGCAUGCUCUUCCAGAGAAAAAGGAGAACGCGCUUUCCAUCACUGAAUUAGAAGAGGCGCCCAAACCGCCGGAAACCCAAGUGCAAAAACCGCCAAGCCGGCCAAACUCCGGACUCUACUUUGGAAACGCUUUAGAGAUUAUGUCUCAAAACCCAACCACGGUCAGCUCUGUGAAUAAGCCAGAAGAGGACGUGGCAAAGCCAGAGCAGAACCCGAUGGAGUUCAUUCGCAGAGGAUCCAUUAAACUGAAACAAUUUUUGCAUUCCAAAGCCGAUAAAAAGUCAGAAGACUCCUCUUCGGAUAGCACCAAGGCGGAAAAACAGAAUAACGCCUUCAGGCGCCUUUCUAAAACCGACCUUCCGGAGCCUCUCGCUGUAGCGGAAACCGAGGACAAGACAACCAAAGCGGCUUCAGCGUCGCCUCCAAAGCCUACAUCUGCUUCCCAGAGCAGGCUGUCCUCCUCAACCUCCAAUGUCAUCUUCAGCAGCAACCUCCGCGAUGAUACCAAGGUCAUCCUGGAGCAGAUAUCCGCCAACAGCCAAAAAAACCGGGCAGAGAUGGCCAAGCAGCAGGCGCUCGCCGGCAACGCAACUGAAGCCAACAGCACGGCGACCACCACCUCUGAAAGAAAAGCGGAAGAGCUGCCCAGUCCCGACACGUCGGCUCUGGCCAGGACCGGCAGCUUCCUCAGCCGAAGCCGGUUCUCCAGGCCGUCUCCCACCUCCCCGGAGGACAGAGACAACCUCCUGAGACGGAUGGAGAGCAUAAGGAAAGAGAAGAAAGUCUACAGCAGGUUUGAAGUGUUCUGCAAAAAGGACGAUCAGCAGAACCCGGCCGACGUGCAAGACGAAGCUGACGCCAAAGAUAAGAAAGCGGGCAAGUUUAUGCCCAGGCUGCUGGAGACUUUAAUCAAUAAGAAGUGACCCUAGGAGCUCUGUCUCUCCACCGGGUGCCAAGUCCAACUCAACCGCAAUGCAAUCACCAGCAGAUCCGCCAUG